AUGGGGAAGAACAGAAGCGACCCGCCUCCGAAUGCGGAGAAGGAUAUGCUUAUGGACGUGGACAAGAUAGAAUCCGAAUCCUCGGAAGCUACCCCGAAACGCCCCAUAACCCCAGAGAUUCGAAUCUUAACAAAGGAAGAUCAAAUCAAACUCCGGGUCAAAGAGCACGUCUCGCUCUGGAGACUAUGCCAAGUAGCUACUCGAGAAGGACCGGCAGAAAAGCUACAAGCCUUACUGACUACCGCUCAGGAGAGUCAGAAGGCUCUUCAGAAACUCAUCGACAACGAGGAGAUCGAGAGCUACGUGAAGGGUUGGAACCCUUGGGACGAAAAGAAAAUACAUUUUCCGUCCCCACCAAAGAAAAACCUGAUGAAAUUCAAGCGGAACGAAUCAGGCAAGAAGCAAAGUUCCACCUCGACAAAUUUCUCCGAUCCCGCCAAGUGGAAGAAGGUGACGGAUCUCCUUCAAAUGGCGUCCGGUCUGUACCAGAAUGUAUAA